AUGUCAUGCAUCUCAGUGCAAGGCGUGGUCGAAGAAGCUCGCCUUUCUGCCCGCCGAGGAGGUGCAAGUGAGGACGAGGUGGGGGUUCCUGGUGCUCCUGGCAUCACCUUCUGGAAUUUCGUACACUUCCUGCGUGUCCUCCAGACAGAAGAAGACAUCAAGACAGUACAAAGCCAGACGAUGUCGCACCUCUUUUCUGAGAAAGAGCAGGAUGAGCUGCGUGCUGUCUUCAAUACAUGGUGCACGCUUUCCGAAGAUGCUCAGAGCGCAGAGGCGGACUCGGACAUCGAGGGCUUAGAGAGGAACCCGUCGGAAGCGAUUGUGGAGUCGGCUCACGCCCCAGAGAACUCGCAACAAAGUGAGCUCGGCGUGCCCCUGACGCCAACUCACUUGAAGCUGCUUAAGGCCCGAGCAGCACUUGAUGCAGAAAACGCUCUACCUGUCGAGCAGCGCGGAAGCUACAUCGAUUCCAGCGGUUUUUUGCGGCUUCUGUCCUGGAUGCUGGACACCGACUUCGCCGGCAUCCGAGAACCGGGCAACCAAACCGGGUCGGAGGGAGGAUUCGCUUUACUUUGUUCAAUCGCCGAGAGCGUCGGAGCCAUGGCUGCUGUGGCGAGCCCCCCUCCAGCUCCGAGCGCCAGGCGCAAUUACCCGCGCGUAAAGGCAGCCGAGCGAGUCAGGCUGAGGGCCGAAGAGACUGGAAGCAAGGAUGAGUUCGAGGCUUUCUGUGCACAGACGAUGCCGACGGCGGAGGAUGUCAGAGAGGAUGUGAUCGAAAAGCCUCCCGUGGAUGCUUUCCGGCACGAUGCGCAGUACACGGCCGCGCACAUCUCCAUCGCGCCUCCCGACCCGAAGCUGGAGUUGACGGUGCGAGACACCCGGACCAGGCCCCUGCCGCCAUCCCUGACUGCAACUUAUGCGGUGCUGGAGCAGCCGCUUCGGAGCAGUGAUCGGCACGGCCUCGCCCCGCGGCCGCCGACUUUGAGCCGUGAUGCCUCUUCCAGCGAACGACUGGCAUUGCUGCUGAAAGAGAGGCCUUUCCUGGUGCAGCCGGACCACGCCCUCCACGCCUUCCUGCAGCGCUGCCAAGAGGCCAUCAAGCUAGGCGAAGCCGCGGAAAAUGAGGAGGAAGCUCACGAUGCUCUUGAUCAUCUUGAUUUGCAAUGGUACUGCGAAGAGCAAACGAUAGCUGCAGCUUUUUCGCGCUUUGACAAGAAUGGUAACGGUGCUCUUCAAGGUGCUGAGAUUGAAUACAUGCUGGACUAUCUGGGUUUCCCGCAUGGGGAAACAGAAGUCGGCAAGUUUAUCGGCACGGUGGACAGAGAUCCAGACGGGAAGAUCACCCACCACGAGUUUCUUCACUGCGUGGGCCGCUUUGGUGGCUGCACCAAGUUCCUGGAGCUCCGAAGGCAGCAGAUCGCGGCCCGGGGCGCUGACCUCGAAGUCUCGGAAGAGAUGCGCAAGGACGACCUCCGCUGCCAGCUCCUGGCUGCGGGCUUUCGCGAGGAGGAGCAGGCCACCUGGAGGCCUCUCGUCAGCUUGGCGGACCUCGCAGCAGCGGCGCAGCUGCGGCCCUGUCAGCUCGAGGCGCUGCACCACGUCCGGAGCCUGGCCCGCGCGAACCACGAGCAAGCCCUGCCGGAGCUCACGGAGCGCUUCGAGAGCCUGGGCUUCCCCGUGCAGGACCUGUGGAUGGCCAUGGCCUGGAUCAGGGAGCUGGCACCGGUCAUCCUCCACAUAGACCUUGACAGCAUCACGCCGUUUCUCAAGAAGGACACGCACUAUCGAAACCAGUUCGAGACCAAAAGCUCUCGUGGUUUGUUGAACCUGGAGGUCCGGACGAAGUGGGAGCGAUCACUCUUCGGAGAUGCUUACGAGAAUGCAGAGCCCUUCCACCGACCCAAGUAUGGUGUGUUGAACGUUUGGAACGAUCCACAGGGCGUGUACGGCUGCCAGCAGUAUGGCGAUUCCUACCUCGUUCUGAAGGAUGUCCGCUUGCGCUGCACAUUGGCGCCGCAGGAUUCCGGUGGCCUCCAGGCCCAGAGACUGGCGGUGCUGGACUUCUGCGCGCACUCCCUGCUGGAGUACAGCGACGACGAGUUGCGCGAAAUGGUUUAUUUGGCAAAGAAUGGGCACGAGAAAGUCGGGGACUCGAAGGCAGUCUGCCAACAAUGGGGCAAGUACAAGGAAGUGCAACUCCAUGGUGAGAUCGAUCUUGCGAAGCAUGUCGAGCGAAUUGUCAUCCAUGGCCGACACAGGAGGCGUGAAAAGAUAUACCAGGAUCUUGCGCAGACCAAGGGGUGGCAGAUCUCAUGGGUGGAGGACAUGGAGCAGGAGCUGGAGGCGCGAGCAGAGGGUCCGGAGAAAACCCGCGAAGAGUUCGAUGGCAUUCUCGAGAGGAUUGCCUCCGGAGAUGAGCCGAGCCAAGCAGCGGACCAAGCAGCGGAGCAGGAGGCUGAGGCACCGGCACAGCUGAGCUGA